UAUUUCACGUAAACAUGUUUGGAACCGCAGAGUUAUGUUUUAACUUUUGCUCCACGGCUUACUUGUGUAGGCUUUCAAGUUCAGAAUAGUUUUACGGUGGCGAUGCAUUGUUAAUUACAUUUGUGUAAAGUGAUACAACUUAUAGUUCCCUGGGAUUAACUACUAUUUUUUCCUUUGUUAACGCUGGUGUUGGGGAAAAAAUAGCAAAAACUUGUUCCGGUGCGGUACUAGUGCUAAACAACAUGGCCGAUAUGGGCAGUAAAUACGAUUUCUGCGGAAUGAAAAAAGUUAGGAAAAGCAAUUUCUCUCCAGAAGAAAUAGAAGCUUUGAUCUCGACGGUGGGUAAAAAUUACCACGUUUUAUACGGAGAAUUUGCGAAACGAGCGGUAAACAAGCAGGCGAGACACAGAGUUUGGCUGGAUGUGACAAAACAGGUCAAUAGGGUUAGCCUCGAGAGACGGACCUUACAGGAAGUCAAAAAUAAGUGGAAAAAGUGCCAACAUUUGUAUAAAGAGCGGGAAUCCUCGGAAGACAUCGGUACGUUAUUUUUGAAAAAAAAUCAGUACAAAUUCUCCCUUAAUUCCAAAUUUUCUUUUUUUUUAUUUAGUUUUACCGAACGUUUGGGAACCGCUGACUUCAUUAAAAGAUCCAAUAUGAAAAGCAAAGCUAAGCACCGGGGUAACAAAAACGGUAAAAGGAUAAAAAUAAGGCAGUGCACCAGUUACGAACCAGACUUUAAAAAGGCGGUCGUUUUGUACGCCGAACAAAAGAGCACGAGCGAGGCCAAAAGGCGAUAUGGGAUCAGUGAAUCGAACAUCAGGCGGUGGAGGAGGCUAAAAAAUGAAAUUUUAGAGAAGGCCUCGCAGGCAAAGGCCACCAGAAAGUCUACUCGUUCGACGAAUACGUUCGAAGGCUCUCUGGAGGAAUGCGAUUCGUUCGACUUUUCCAGCAGCCUAGAUUCCAUGCCUCUGGAGCAGCGGCUGAAGGCGCCACAGGAACAAGAACCGAUCCUUCAGAGUCAACCGUUAUCGCCGACCAAACUAAAAGUGACCCGACAGUCCACGAAGCCCCCACAGCCCUCGCCGAAGCCCAGGACGCCCGAACCUCCCAACGAGGAAGUUUGUUUGAGAUGGAACAGUCACCAUUCCAACAUGCAGAGCUCCUUCCCCAGCUUGCUGAUGAGAGAGCAGUACGUCGAUGCUACUUUGGUUGCGGAAGGGCAAUGUUUAAAGUGCCACAGGCUCAUUCUCUCGUCUUGCAGUCCUUAUUUCGAGGAGGUUUUGAGCGGCAUCAGCCCUUUUCAGCACCCGGUACUGUUCAUGAAGGACAUCCCGUUCUGGGUGUUGAAAUCGCUCUGCGAUUUCAUGUACGCCGGGGAAGUGCACAUCUUCCAAAACAAACUAGAAGAGUUAUUGGCGGUUGCGGAGACUUUAAAGAUCAAAGGUCUGGCUGGUAAAAUGGACGGGUCCAACGAAGACGUGAAAACCGCGGACUCCGCCAAGACCUUAAAAGAAGAGAAGAAGGAAGAAAAGGAAGUAAAAGAGAAGAAACGGAACUCGCAGCAGGUGGAGCCUUCGCCUAAAACUAGUUCAAAAGCCCUGAGAUCUGCGCAUCCGUCGAAAAAGUCUGAGAAGAUCAGCAAAGAGCCGCUGAAUAAGGAGGGCAUAUUGGACCCGUUGGACCUGCUGGAACCCGUCUAUGAAGAAGUGACGAAGGAAAGUGCGCCGCCGAAGGUGAAGGAAGUCAAGAACAUUCCCUUCAAGAAGGGCAAGUUGAAGAAGAGGAAAUUUUCGGAGGAACGGGAAGAGUCGCCCCCUCCACUUUUCCUCUCGAGGAAAGGUACCAGAUCCAGGCCCAACGUAAAGAUUCCAAAAUACUACCACACCCAUUACGAACGUGUCUCCGAAUCCACCAUAGUGAGAGAACCGCACACCCAGCAACCGGAUCCCUUGUUCCAACUGGAAGAAAUCAAAUCGGAGCCGUUGGAUAUGGAAGACGACGUCAUCGAGAUAGAAGAUAACGUUAUAAGCUUCUCGGAAGUGUCGGAAAUGCCGUCGCACGAUGAGGAAAUCAUCGGGAAUUACGACAGCCCCCUGGUAAACUUAAACGACAAAGCCAAGGAAGACGGACCGUCUCCGUUUAAGAAAAUUAGUCUGGUCGCACAGCCAGUCAUAAUGAACAUACACAGCAUCGCCGAGAAGACGUCUAGUACGGUAAAGAUCGUCGAUGUCGCACAGCUAAAGGGCACAGUGGAGAGUUUGGACAAAAACGACCCGUUGGAAGCGAUAUCUGACGAUAAAGCAGCGGAAGAUCCUUUGGAUUUUGUUAGUGAUAACUCACAGAAGGGUACAGAUGGUAUAACGAUAACUAACGUGCAGAGCAUGGCCGAUAUAGAAGAAACGGAGGAAAAAUCACAUGAUAAAACCGUUGAAGACGAGGAGAAAGAGCCACAAAUUGAAAAUGUCGAGGAAGAAAAAGCUUUGGACGAACCGAAUUGUGAAAUUGACGUUGAAAGUGUCGCGAACGAAACUGAAACCCUCAGCACAGCAGAAAAGUCAGAUGACAGAACUCUUAACAUCGUAGAGAACGAUACCGCGGAACUCGCAAAGUCCGACGAUGAGAAGGAAACUGAAAAUAUCCCAAUUUCGGAAAUUCUUCAGGAUAACGUAGUCACAACCGAUGGCGAAUCUGCAAAGGAAAGUAGCAACGCAACCACCACAAACGAAGAAAAUGAAGUUACACGGACGGAACCCGAAGAAGAGCAAAUCGUCAACAAUAGCGAGGCGGAUUCGGAAGAAAACAGCGUGGAACCCGGUUUCCACAUAGCGAAAGUCGCAAGAGAACAAUUCUCCCUCACCGAAGAAGGUACGAACGACGUGAAGGAAGUGAUAAGCGAGGACUGUGCCAGUGAGUUGGGCUUUCAGAUAACGAACGUUGUUAGCGGGCAAAUCGAGGACUCGGAUCAAAACAGCACUCCCAACGACGUGAAUAGCGGUGAAUUGGGGACGUUUUCGAAUCACUUGGAGGAAUUCGAAGCCGAGGUUCCAGAACAAAAGGAAGUGAAAUCUACGACGCCCGUGUCGGGCGAUUCGUUGAGCGAGGAGACGCGGUUCCUGGCCGAGUCCUUGGAGAAGCUCCUCGACAAGUAACUGUCGUUCUUUGAGCGGCAUUUUGCACAUAGCUUAGGUGGCGAUGUUGUCAGUGUUGUACAUAGGUUUAUUUAAGCGGUAGAGAUAGUUUUUCUUAUUUUAUUCAUUGUUACAAGCGUAGUUAGGUGUCAUGGACUGGCCGACACAAAGGGAAUGGGAAUUUUUUUUUAGAAAUAUUGCUGAAAACUCAGGUACACUCAGUCCUAAGGAAAAUAAAGAAAAAAUCAUGUUUGUAAGGUAAAACGGAAAAAUAAAGUUAUUUACUAGUUUUUUCGCCUUCGAAUUUACGGAAAGUCAUUUUUAACGACCCUGUAUAUAUGUAAAAGGAGGCGGAGGGUAAUAAUUCUUAUAUCACACCCUAAACAAUGUCUUUAUUUAUCUUGUAAAAAUUUUUUUUUGUUUGAGCAGUAAAAUAUUUGCAGUACUUCAUACAGGGUGUGCCAAAAAAGACCAAUCUGGGCACCGCGGACCUUUGGCGUCAAAACAAUGUUAAGGAAGUUAAAAAAAUGAUAAAUCGAAGGUUUAUAUCUGAGAUCAGUAGAUUUUUGAGGUUCAUUAGGCAAAUCGCCCCCCAAUUUCAUCAUUCUGCAUCAAACGCCUUCAGAGACGUUUUAAAAAAAGUUGAAAAUUUUUUAAAAUUUAAACAUCCCAAGCUGCGCUCAUUUGUUUUUCGAUCCAUAUAUGUCAAAUUGAAAGUACUAUCUUGAAAAUAGUCAAUUAUUUAGAGAAAACGAUUCUGAAAGUUAACUUUUACUAUAAUCAUAUUUUAAUCCUGGAGUCUGUCGUUAGGAUUGGCCUUUUUUCCGGUACUCGCUUCAGUGAUUAUUAUAAACGACUUUUUCCGUUUGCCCACUAAAAUAUUUGCAGUACUUUAUAUACAGGGUGAGCCCAAUUAUUUUAGUUCACUUGAGGUUACAAAUGAACUCAAUUGUGUAAAUUAUUACGUAUAUUAAGUUAAAUAUAGAGUGUGAUGUUUUAAUAGGAAGCUGUCGUCAAAGCAAAACCCAUCACGUGAGCAUUUCGUUCUUUUGUACAUAAAUUUUCAAAGUUCCUGUGCCAAUCCAUUCCGCUUUUUGUUUUUUGUAUUGGUCAGCGUAGAGCGAGUAUGAAAAUAAACUUUUAUUUCGAAAAAAGCCGA